GUAAAUAAUAAAUGCUCUCAAGCGCUCUCUUCUCUCUUCUCUCUUUGCUUCUUUGACAACAGACUGUGUUCAUUGCUUGUGGGGUCUUCUCUCUCUCUAUUUCUCUGUGAAGACGAAGAAGAAAGACAGCUGUUUCUAAAAGGUUUCCACUUUGUUUUUCUGUUUAUCUUCUUCUUCUUCUCUCAACCCAAGUUUUUUUUUUUUUUGGGUGUGUCCAAAUUUGUUCUUCUUUGUUCUGUUUCUCGGACUUUCUCAUUAGUGGGAAAAAGACAGAAUCUCAAAAUAAAGACUUCAUUUGUCCAAAGUCCAAAGCUUUUUGAAAGAGACCAUAAGAGACAGAGCCUUGUGAUCUCUCUCUCUCUCUUUUGGGGGCUCGAGGAAGAAGGGAGUAAAUAAUGAAGAGAAGGGCUGAAUUUGAGAUGGGUUUGUUCGUGGUUCUUCUUCUUCAAUCCAUGCUUCUCUUCUCUCUAUGUUCAUCUGAGAAACCUGAGGAGUUCUUACCUGAGAUAUCACCAGAUACUUCCCCUCAACCGUUUCUUCCUUUCAUUGCACCUUCUCCAAUGGUUCCAUACAUAAACAGUACCAUGCCCAAACUAUCAGGGCUUUGCUCGCUUAAUUUCACUGCUUCCGAGAGUUUGAUUCAGACAACUUCACACAACUGUUGGACUGUGUUUGCUCCUUUGUUAGCCAAUGUGAUGUGUUGUCCUCAGCUAGAUGCUACACUCACCAUAAUCCUUGGUAAAGCGAGCAAAGAAACCGGUCUUCUUGCUCUAAAUAGAACCCAGUCUAAGUACUGUAUAUCUGAUUUAGAGCAAAUCUUGGUGGGCAAAGGCGGUUCAAGUCAGCUUAAUAAGAUCUGUUCUGUUCACUCGUCGAAUCUCACCUCUUCUUCUUGCCCUGUAAUCAGUGUUGAUGACUUUGAAAGCACGGUAGAUACAGCAAAACUUCUUUUGGCUUGUGAAAAAAUCGAUCCUGUGAAAGAAUGUUGCGAAGAGGUUUGCCAAAAUGCGAUACUCGAUGCUGCUACGAAUAUAUCUCUUAAAGCAUCUGAACCUUUAACGGAUAACUCGGAUAGGAUUAAUGAUUGCAAGAGCAUAGUACACCGCUGGCUCGCUACUAAAAUUGACCCUUCUCGGACUAAGGAAACUCUCAGAGGAUUAGCAAACUGCAAAAUCAAUAAAGUUUGUCCUCUUGUCUUUCCUCACAUGAGGCAUAUUGGCGGUAACUGCAGUAACGAGUUGAUUAAUCAAACGGGUUGUUGUCGUGCAAUGGAGAGUUAUGUGUCUCACUUGCAAAAGCAAACACUUAUGACCAAUUUGCAAGCUUUAGAUUGUGCAACCAGCCUUGGGACUAAACUACAGAAGCUUAACAUAACUAAAAAUAUAUUCACCGUUUGUCAUAUCAGUCUCAAGGACUUCUCUCUUCAAGUUGGAAACCAAGAAUCUGGUUGUUUGUUACCAAGCUUACCAUCUGAUGCGAUAUAUGAUCAAGACACUGGUAUAAGCUUUACCUGUGACCUUAAUGACAACAUUCCUGCUCCGUGGCCUUCAUCUUCUCAAUCCUCAGCCUCUACCUGUAAAAAACCUGUUAGAAUCCCGGCUCUUCCGGCUGCUGCAUCCUCCCAACCCCGUCUCUAUGAUGAGGGAGUGAAACGUUUGGUGAUCUCUGUAAUGGUUCUUGUGAUGUUUCUGUCAUAGUACCAGAACCAAACCGGAUCGAGUCCUAUAUCAGACCGGUUCACUAGUCAAUAGCUGUUCUUUUGUAUAUCAAACCGGUACAGUCACUGCGGAAGUCGUAUGUUGACAUGAUCGGUUCAAGUGUUUGGGUUGUUGAGGUAUAAGUUUCGGAAGUUUUUAUCUUUUUAUUGAUUCAUGAUUCUUGAAAAAAACCUUUUUAAUGUAAAGAGAAAGGACGUGUAGGGUUUAUCGUAAGCUUUCUAUAUAUUUAUUUUCCCUACAUUGUAAUUUUCAUUUAGUUAUAGACUUGAAUAAUUUGUUUACUAAAUUCA